UCUCCGGCAGCAUGUAGACGGACUCCUCUAGUGCCACUGCGGAGAGAGAAAUGGCAUUAGAAAUAUAUUCUCUAAUUUUGACACUAUCUAUGGAUGCAGAGUAACCUGAUGUUCCACAGCUGUAUUUGGGAGUCUUGGUUAAUUGUGUUCAGUCUAUCGGUGCACGCGCUACACGCUGCGCACUUUGGCGGUGGUGACAGUCAAACUAUGUUAGCUGUUUUCUCAACCGGUGUAAUCUAAGGAAUUAAUCGUUAUACCGGACUAUACACCAGCAACACGUACCCAGAACCGUGGAGCGUGACUCCCGCUGGAUUUAACGUUGAGCGGAGUGACGCGGGUCGUGUGCGGGCGAAUAGAGCCGUGGCGGAGCAAACGCACGAAGUCCAAAUUCCAUCUCCCUUUCCGUGUCCCCGUGCCUUUUCCCGCCCCAAAACGGAGAUGUUGUUCCUCAGAAUACUGCUCAGCAUCUUCAUACAAGAUGUGGUCACCUCCUUGCCGCCCCUCCCCCCGGGCAUUAUGGACUGUGUGGAGGCAGAGAAUGGGUGUGAAGCAGAUCCCCAGUGCAAGGAGCUGUACAGCACCUUGCGGUACUGUGUGUCUGAGGAGGAGGUAGCUCCGCAGGGGAGCAAGGCCAGGAUAGAGUGCCUGGAGGCCCUGAGCGCCCUGCACUACCCCCCCCUGUUGGCCUGCAAGUGUCAGCGCGGCGCACGCAGAGAGGAGCACUGCCUCCGAGUCUACUGGAGUGUCAGGAUCCUGCAGAGUUAUGAGGACUUGGAGGCGUCUCCCUAUGAUGACUCGCCAGUGGAAAUGUCUCACAUGGCCUCCAUAGUGGCCGCAGCCUCCUCUCUUCCUCUAGAUGGACAGAACGCGUGUCUGAAGGCAGCCCAGGACUGUGGUCUGUAUGAGAAAUGCGGGUCCCUGAGGUCUGAGUACGUCCUGGCCUGCACUAAGCCCGUCCCAGGCUCGGACCACUGCAACAGGCAGAAGUGCCACCGGGCACUGCGGCGCUUCCUGGAGCGCGUCCCAGGGGAGUACAGCCUGGGGUUGUUGUUCUGCCCCUGUACUGACAAACUGUGUGGGGAGAGACGCAGGAAAACCAUUGUCCCUUCCUGUUCCUACCAGGAAAGAGAUGGGGAACAGCCCAACUGUCUACAUCUGCAGAGCUCAUGCACGAGGGACCAACUCUGCAGGUCCAGACUGGCUGAUUUCCAGCAUAACUGCCAGUCCUCCGGCCACUCCCCCUCGGGCUGUUUCAGAGAUAGUGGAACAGUGUGCCUCAAAUCCUACGCCGGACUCAUCGGCACCAUCAUGACCCCCAACUACCUUAGCAACAGCACUAUGGACGUGGCCCUGUGGUGCAAUUGUGAGGGCAGUGGCAACCAAUGGAAGAACUGCCUGAAGAUCCAGAACAUGUUCACCAAUAACAUCUGUCUGAAGAACUCCAUAAGUACCAUGGGUAGCUCCCCCCCUCGGCCAGUGGAGAGCAUUCUUCCCCCCUCCCCUCGCCCCUCCCCCCUGGACCAGCAGAACAAACUCAGCAACAACGCCCAGGAUGAGCUCAGUAACAACGCUGUGGAGCAGAGUGAGGAAGAGGAGGAAGAGGAGGAGGGGGGUCAGUUUGACGUGAUCCCUCUCUAUGCUGAGAAGGCCACGGUGUCCAAUCUGGGUUCUGGGGGUGGGGGGGUGUCCCCCCGUCUGUCCUCAGCCCCCCCUCCCUCCCUGCUGCUGCUCCUUCUGCUACUGUCUGCCUCUCUGAGCUGGGGGUAAGGAGGGGCGGGGCCCUUGCACACAGACACAGAGACUCUGAGAAAGGCACAGAGAGAGAGAGGAGGGAGAAAAUAAGAGAAGAUAAAGGACCUCUAGUGUUUAUUGCUUCCUUCCUUCUCUCUUCCUUUUGAGACAGUCUUGUACAGUCUGUUUUCUUUUUUUUGCUUCACCUCCCACUGUCAGGUGAUGGUUUUGCCCGAUGGAGACUUUUUGUGUAUGACAGACAUAGAGGUGAACCAACUCCACAGUGACAGAGGGGGGUUAAACUGAGUGACUUGAUAUAUGAUAUGUGAGUAAUUUCCUCCUUUGGUGAAGACGUGACAGGUUACCAUGAGUCCGAUGGCGCUUUAGUAUAUCCAAGCUUCACUCUGUCUAUUCAUACCUCUGUACUCUCCAGUGAUGGAGAAGUGCUUACAGUCAGUGUUAGGAAGGAAUGUACACUGAGUAUACCAAACAUUAGGAACACCUUCCUAAUAUUGAGUUGCCCUCAGAACAGCCUCAAUUCGUUGGGGCAUGGACUUUAGAAGGUGUCGAAAGCGUUCCACCGGGCUGCUGGCCCAUGUUGACUCCUGUGCUUCCCACAGUUAUAUCAAGUUGGCUUGAUGUCCUUUGGGUGGUGAACCAUUCUUGAUACACACAGGAAACCGUUGAGCAUGAAAACCCAGCAGCGUUGCAGUUCUUGACACAAACCGGUGUGCCUCGCACCGACUACUAUACCCUGUUCAAAGGCACUUGCAUCUUUCGUCUUGCCCAUUCACCCUCUGAAUGGCACACAUACACAAUCCAUGUCUCAAUUGUUUCAAGGAGUAGAAAUCCUUCUUUAACCCGUCUCCUCCCCUUCAUCUACACUGAUUGAAGUGGAUUUAACAAGUGGCAUCCAUAAGGGAUCAUAGCUUCCACCUGGAUUCACCUGGUGAGUCUGUCACGCAAAGAGCAGGUGUUCAUAAUGCAAGUGCUUUUGGUUUAUUGCUCUAUCUGUGUCUAAAUGACUCAGCACAGGCCUGGGAGAAAAAGUAGCUGCAGAAAUACAAAUAAAACAGCAUCAUCAAAAAAACUGAAACAAUAUGAGUAAUAAAAAAUCUAAUAUCUUCUUAGUAGGUGUGGACGCCCAUCUGGGGUUGACACUCGCAGGCAGAGAAGGAGAGAGAAGGAAAUAGAGAGAGAGGGAGAAAGAAACAGAGAGAGAGAGAGAGAAUGAAACAAAGAGGGAGAGAGAAGGAAACAGAGAGAGAGAGAGAGAGAGAGAAAGAAACAGAGAGAGAGAGAGAGAGAAACAGAGAGAGCAAUAGAAGACAAGGGAUACAGAGGGAGUGAGUUUCUGGUGUAUCGUCCAUUUCCUCUGCACUUUUUACUUGUUUCAAUUGAGAUAAUGUGAUCUGGUGUGAACUCUUUGGCUGGAAUUCAUUCAAACCCCCCAGUGUCUUAUGUUCACAAUAUUCAUCCCGUUCCCACACAUUUCUAAUUCUGAAAAGUGAAAGCAUACCUGUGAGAGGGGUUGCCAUGAUAGUAGUUGUGGGUUUUUAUUCAGUACCAAAGAUCAAUCUGUCAGUUAACUUGAUCAUUGGAAAAAGCUACUGCGUAAAUACUGCAAUGCGAGUUAGAUUGAAUUGAGCCCUUCAUAUUCUGGUGAGCUCUGGGGGGAAAAUCGUUGGUGAGGAGCGAUAGAGGGAGAGAGAAAAAGAGUGAACCAGACAGAGAGAGAGACCCUCGAGCACAAACAUACCGUGGAGAAUCGCUGGCCCUAUAUUUCCUCUGUCUUAUAAAUCUUUUGCUGACACUAAUGUUUUUUUUGUCUCCUCUAUUUCUGUGGAACGUGUAAAAUUAACUUCCAUCCGGAGGGGUUGGAGAUGGUGGUGGACAAAGAAAG